AUGGCUCCCGAACCUGGCUCUCAGUAUCCCCUCUACAACACCACAUUCACCUUACAUCGUGCUUCUCCACUCUUCAUUGGCGACCAACCUCUUAAUAAUUCGACCUUACAAGUGCAUGCGCGCCGAUUUCGAGAUAUACUAGCAGGCGAUGUUCUACGAGGAGUUCGGGUUGGAUUAGGAUCUGAAGAUGAUACGCUGGCUCGUGUAGGAGCUCUGCAAGCGGUGGUAUGGAGGAUUUUUAAGGUGGAAUCAGAAUGGGCUGUCGAAGAUACCACAGGAGAAGCUCUCGAUGAGUCUGUAUUUGAAUCUACAAACAACCGCGGAGUAUUGGUUGAAGUCAAUUAUGAGAAAGCGAAAUACACUGCAAUUUUAUUACGCACCACUUCCGAAGACGAUAUGGAUGACUCGAUCAUGGAUAAUUCUCACGAUCAAGCUGGAUUCCUACGCUUGCCACUAGUUUUGACACGAAUGCCCUUGUCGUUAAGAGAAACAUUCAUCCAAUACAUCUGCAGGACAUUCGAUACAAGGGUAUCUGCACUGAAAUUGGAAGGAAAACAUUUGAUGAAAUCAUUCGAAAAAUAUACAUCCAACUCGAUCAAUUCAGGUACGACAACCGAAGUGCGCCAAAUUAGUAUACAAAAGAUUAUUAAAGAAGUUCAGAUCUCUGUUGGCUUCGAUAUACCUGGUGGAUCGGCUGCCCUAAAAACUAUUGAAAUACAUAUUUCUAGGGAGGAUUUACCUCGCAUGCUUGCACGAGGGAACAAAAUCACGAAAGAUGGAUCUCCCUUUAUGGCUGCAUUGAAAACUUAUGUCAAGGCUCAUCUGGCACUGGAUCUAGGGCAUGAGAAGGUGAAGAUUGUUAAGAUUGCAUGUGGCUCAUUUGUACUUGGCGAAGGGAGGUUGAAACUGACGCAGCCAUCGAGUGGCGAGCAUGAAGACGAUGGACAAUAUCGAGCGACGAGACAGCUUCUUAAUAGUCUUGUAAAUAUCGCGUCCGGACGAGGAAUUUUGGGAGAGAAGUGA